AUGAGGUCGUCACGGUUACAUAGAUCGCUGAUCGAUAUUUGCUGCUCUUCCUCUUCCUCGUCCUCACGUUUCGGUUAUUUGGGAAAUGCAAAGAAGAAGCGCUUAAGUAAGAAGAGGCCAGACUUUGAAGUGGGAGCUGGUCCGAGCCGCCAUUUGGUCUCAGUCCACUGCAGAUCUUCCAAGCACCCCCCCCCCCCCCCCCAGACCCCAGACCGCCGAAGUCUGGAACCGAAAGGACGGUUCCAAUUAGGCCGCCCAAUUAGGAACCAGAUGGCGCUUCUCGCUAAUCAAAUCAUGGACGCGAGAAUUUUCAGCAACAUGAACGGAAGAGUCGAACUCUCGCAGUUUUUGAGGGUAACCAAUCAGAGCGUCGACGCCGCUCAGGAGGACAACCGCAAGAACAGGAAGUACCCCUGUCCGCUUUGCGGGAAGCGUUUCCGAUUUAAUAGCAUCCUGUCGCUUCACAUGCGAACGCACACCGGCGAAAAACCAUUCAAGUGUCCGUACUGCGACCACCGAGCCGCGCAGAAAGGGAACCUGAAGAUACACCUCCGGACCCACAAGCAAGGCAUUCUGGGUAAAGGUCGAGGUCGAAUCCGUGAGGAGAACCGGUUGCUACAUGAACUGGAAGAACGUGCGAUACUUCGGGAUAGGCAGAUGCGAUCCGGUCACGUCGCGUCUACACUGCAAAACCCGUCCCCGAGUAACCAACCGGUUGGGUCCACGAAAGUACCGAUGAUCCACGAAGAACCCGCGCAACCUCCGGUUGCCGGAUUCCGUUGCUCGUUCUGCAAGGGCAAGUUCAGGAAGCAACAAGAACUUGAACGGCAUAUUCGGAUCUUGCACAAGCCGUAUAAAUGCACCUUAUGCGAGUUCGCCGCCUCGCACGAGGAAGACCUCAUCGGGCACGUUGAAACCACCCACAUAACCACCGAUUCAAGUCCGGGACAGAAACCUUCAACCGGAACCAACGACAAAGCAAAAACCGUUGGCGAAUUCCCGUGCGAUGUUUGCGGUCAAACCUUCACCCAAGCCUGGUUCCUCAAGGGUCACAUGAGGAAACACAAGGACUCGUUUGAGCACUCCUGUCAAAUUUGCGGCCGGCGCUUCAAAGAACCCUGGUUUCUCAAGAACCACAUGAAAGUGCACCUGAAUAAGUUAGCCUCCAAGGGGAACCGCCCAACAGAAGACCACCAACGCAGUCUUUACUCGCAGUACAUAUCCCGCCUUCAAGACCGGUUCCUCACUUCCGAGAGACCUGAGCAGUCGGACUACAACCAGUUACUCGCCACCGCCGGUGUUGAUUUGAAGGUUCUUGAGAUGUUAAGUCAAGGGGGUCUCGGUUCCUCGACCGGCGCUAAGAACUCAUCCAUGUUGGCCUUAAAUCAGCUUCACUCUCCACUGAGUUCCGCCAAUGUGGACUACCUCCAGAAGGUCAUUUCCACAAGAGAAACCGUGAGGUACCCAAGCUGGCACAUGAUGGCGCCGGCGCUGCAGGUUGAACAUCAGUACAGCUCCUCCUACCUGCCCGAGCGACGCCUCUCAUUGGACGAGGGCACGGCAGGUCUUGGUCUAGACCAAGACGCCAACGCCGGGAGCCGACCCAGCAGUAAAGGUAGUCUGAGUCAUCACGGGACCACCGAGGUCACCCCCCCGGAGACCGGGAACAGCCACUCUGGAAAUGUUCUAGAACGCCGACCGCGGUCUUCUUCUCCAGCUUCAGCUGCAGGCGACAAUUCCUACAAGUGUGUACCCGCCGUCGGUUUCCAGCUGGAACGCUACCGAUUCCCGUCCUGGCAGAACAGCAACGGGAGUUCCAGUCCCAACCAAAACCCAAAAGUCAAAGCCAGGAGUCCAGGAAGUAGUCAGUACCUUCCUGCUGAGAACCACAGUGAUACGAGUCCUUCAUCUGUAAUCACACCCAAGUCCCAGUAUGAGCCUUUGGAUUUGUCGGUGUCCUCGCACCCCACCGUGACCCCCGCUUUGCUACUCCAUAUGUCCGACAUGUUCAGGAAUGGACCCCCCGCCCCCCCUGCGUACACGUGUGACAUUUUAGGGGUAAAAGAAACCGUAAGCGUUUCCGCAGUUGAUGUUGAGAAAGCGGCCCCAAACGGGGUGGAAGUGAUGACAAACGGGGGUCAAGCGGACAAGAUGGGCGAAUGGGCCGCGGCGCCCGAUAACGCGACGCCGGAACCGAUGAGUCCGUAUCCGCAAGUCGGGCUUCUGUCGCUACUGCGGGCUCAGAAGACUCGCGGCGGCGUGCAUCGGAACGAAGUGAACGGCGGAGGGAACGUGAAUAACGGGACAUCAGCUCGGAAGCCGUUCCCGUGCCGCUACUGCCCCUACAGUGCCUCCCAGAAGGGCAACCUGAAGACUCACGUCAUCUGCGUCCACCGCAAGCCCUUCGACAACAGCCUGUACCCCGACCGCCGCCUCCGCCGCUCGCACACGCCCCAGCGGCCCUCCAAAUCGCCUCCGAGCACGGCGGAAGAUAAUCGGGUUGCGGGUAGAGAGCAGAUGAACGCGGCAAGUGGGACUUGAUGUUGUUGUCACGGCAACCACGGAUACAGACAGUUAUUAUUAUUAUUGCUUUGGUUAAAUAGACUGAGACGUUAAGGGGUUCUAUUAUGCACUUUCUUACGUUCUAUCAUAAUAUUACACUUUUUGGGUGUCGGCACACUAAGAACUGAGACUUCCUGUUUGUCGUUUCUUCGGAAAGUGCUGCCGAAAAACAUCACUCGGAGAAAUGGGGAUAUGUACGGGGGAACCAGAUCCCGUUUAACGGAAAACUUUGAUGUACAUUCCAGUGUUUCUCGAAAAUCCGCAGUAUGUAUUUAACUGUAGCAAUGAAGUUGCAUAUAAUAAUAAUAAUAAUAAUAAUAAUAAUGACAAGAAUAAUAAAGUCCACUGUGAUGUGAAAGUGUAACAAUAGCAUUACAUUUUGUCUGUGAGCCGCAUUUAUAAAAUUUAUUUUGAUUUUAAAAAAAAUUCUUUUUACACUUGUAUU